AUGCCUCGUCAAGUAGCUCCACCACCGUCUGGCGAAUUUACCGUGCGCCUGUCGAAGCCAUUCUCUGGUAAGUUAGGGAAUGCAACACGCGAGCAGAAUCCUUCUCCACUCGACAAAAAUCUCCAUGAGACAGUAAAUGCGAUGCGAUCGGGAGGACUUUCGCAGGCUCAAAUCUGAUUAGCUACGAGGAGAAAGCUGAUCAGGUCGCAGGAACUCCUACCCACACCGUCGAAGUCAUUGGCGAGCCGAAUAGACCAGCCGUCAUCAGAUCGUCGCAGCACGAUGGUGGGAACAAGUCCUCUGAGAAGAGCGGUGACGUGCCCAAGUAAGUCUCGAAAGUCCUCUUCAUCCCAGUCCUGAGUGGCCUGGAGAGCUAUCCUGGGGGCUCUUCAAUUGGGCACCAACACGCUUCUCCAUUGAAGCUAGCUGCUGACAUCGGGUAGGGACGACGUGCAGGAACUGAUGAACCUCAUGAACACCCUACGUGGCUUCCCAUCCCACCCAUCGAAGGAUGUCUACGGUUUCGACACCAAGGUCGACUUCAACACCUUCGAGAUCCAGUGGUCGAACGAAGACGACGAUCCAACCGCGGGCGAUGUUUCUGAGAUCGCAGGAGAGCAGAAGGAUGACUUCAAGCGAGUGGCGGAUAGCAUCGAGGCUCUGGCCCGUACCUUCGCCAAGCAAGACUCGGCCGUAUAA